AUGUUCAGACUUCUUUCUAGAAAUAGAGGCAUCACCUCUAUUACUCAGCAGUUCGCCAGAUCGGCCAUUCCAAAAUCACAAACUGUAAACUCUACGGCUUUGACAACUCUGAGGAUGUUUUCUGGUACUGCCGCAAACCUCCAUGGCCAUGUGCACAAGCCAAAACCUGGUGAAGAGUUGAAGGUCACAUUUAUUUCAAAGGACGGUCUGCUAAAGACGUUCGAGGUCGCCGCUGGCGACAACCUUUUGGACAUUGCGCAGGCUAACAAUUUGGAUAUGGAAGGUGCAUGUGGCGGUUCGUGUGCGUGCUCCACCUGCCAUGUCAUUGUAGACCCGGAGUAUUAUGACGAGAUUCCAGAGCCAGAUGAUGAUGAGAAUGACAUGUUGGACUUGGCGUUUGGCUUGACUGAGACAUCGCGUUUGGGCUGCCAGGUGAUUAUGACCAAGGAACUUGACGGCCUCCGUGUUGCCUUGCCUGCCAUGACCAGAAACUUGCAGUCCAAGGACUUCAGCUAG